AUGACCGAUGGCUCAAUCCAAUCCCCGCAUGACGCGCCCGUGGCUUUCACCGAACAGCAACGAGCCACUCUCAAGGGCGUGGUUGACAAGUAUGCCGCUGGGGAGCUUGACCGAGCUGCUGCAGUUGUCCACCUCACCAUCGCCCUUGGCAACAUCUGUGUCGCCCUCAAGGUCCCCUUCUCCGCCACCAUUCUCCGUCCCUACAUCGAAGAGCUCGAGGGUGUCGAUAACCAGCGUGGGGCCGGGGACGGCAGCAGUAGCGGCGGUGCCGGCGGAUCAAACAACAAGCGGAGGCGAGACGACGACGACGAAGAGCAGGCGCCGCAGAAACGUCAAAGAAUCGACUAUGCGGAGCUCCUUCGCCCGGCCCUUUCGGCCGACGAAUUUCUUGACACGGUCGUCUCGGCCAAAGCGCUCCUGGUCGCCUCUCGAGUCCAGAAGUUCUCGGAGGACCCGAAGGAAGCAGUCCGAGUCGUGGUCAACUCGCCGCUCGCCCCUGCCUUCCCUCCAGGACUCUGGAAGCUGGUCCUCCUCGACCAAUAUGUCGACUUCAAUCUCAUCCGUGCCAACACGUUCGCGACAGAACCCGAGCGAGCCUCUGAGCUCGUCAUCGGAGAUGGAGAGUUGGAAGUCCGUAAGCCGCGAGCCAGCUCACAGAUCACUAGCGCAGCCCAGUGGAAUGACGCGUUCUGGAUCUACUCAGAGGCAGUCAAUUUCGCUUUCCCUGGCCGCGAACAAGAGCUACGCGCCUACAACCGGCACAUCAACAAUACCUUCUCCAGCACCCACGACUCCUGCCACCACCGCGUCUUCAAGUACGACCGCGCGCUCCGUGUCUAUAUCGGUCAGACACGGAGUCUCCUCCUUGACGACGCGCGCACCCUUGAUCAAAUCCGGCACGCCCAUCUCUCCGAAACUGGGCUCCACGUCGUUGGAGACAUCGAGCGGCACCCGCGACAGCAACAAGCUCGUGAAAGGGGGGCCCGGCCAAAGCAACGGACGGGUCCAGUGGAACUUUGCCGCAACUACAACGCAAACCGCUGCGCGUUGGCGCACUGCAAGUAUCGCCACGCCUGCAUCGAAUGCCAAGGGCCCCAUCCCGCUUGCGAGUGUCCUGACAAGUCCACCCGACGCGUCUGA